GUCUCCCCAUUGUUAAGGACUAAAGGGUCGUCGACUCAUCGUCAUACAACCCACUGGUUACAUUUGUUCGGCUACCUCGUUCUCCCUCCCUCUCGCUCUCGCUCUCGCUCUCGAAACCCACGACUAAAACCCUUUUCCCCUUUCUUCCUCCAAAUCUGUCCUCCGCAAGGUCCUCCUCUGCCUCCUCCUCAAGCAGCAGCAUACCAUCUAUCGUCUUCUCUUCUCUCAUUAGCGGGCGUUCAUUCCUUUCAAUCUGCAUUUUUAGGGCUUCAUGGGGUCAAACGACGAGCAGAGCGAUAUCGACAGGCUCUACGAAUUCGGUGAACGGCUCAACGAAGCCAAGGACAAAUCCACCCAUGUUAGUGAUUACAAAGGGAUAAUUGAGGCGGCAAAGGGCAGCCAGAAGGCGAAGCAGCUGGCAGCUCAGCUUAUUCCAAGGUUCUACAAGUACUUCCCGAGCCUUGCGACGGAAGCAAUGAAUGCCCAUUUCGAUCUGUGCGAGGAAGAGGAGUUGGGGAUAAGAGUACAGGCAAUUCGUGCUCUUCCUCUUUUUGGUAAGGAUUCGUCAGAGAAUGUCGCUAAAAUUGUGGAUGUCCUCGGGCAACUCCUCGUAGCUGAGGAAAAUCUGGAGCGAGAUGCCGUGCAAAAAUCUAUUUUGUCAUUGUUAAGGCAGGACACUAAGGAAACUUUGACAGCUCUGUUUAAACAUAUUGAAGGAAGUGAUGAGAAUGUCCGUGAAAAGGUUCUGGGUUUUGUAAGAGAUAAGGUAUUCCCUCUUAAAUCUGAGCUCUUGAAGCCUCAGGAGCAAAUGGAGAGACAUGUUACUGACUUGGUGAAGAAGUGCUUGCAAGAUGUGACAGGUGCAGAGUUCAAAAUGUUUAUGGAUUUCCUGAAGAGUUUAAGUAUAUUUGGAGAGAAGGCCCCUUCUGAGCGUGUCCAGGAACUUAUUGAAAUUAUUGAAGGGCAAGCCGAUUUGGAUGCCCAAUUUAAUGUUUCAGAUAAUGAUCAUAUUGAUAGGCUAAUGUCAUGCCUGUACAUGGCUCUUCCAUUCUACAUGAGAGGUGCAUCAAACAGCAAGUUUUUGAUUUAUCUAAACAAACACAUUCUCCCCGUCUUCGAUAAGCUUCCAGAAGAAAGAAAACAGGAUUUGCUAAAGAGUGUUGCUGAAGCCUCACCCUAUACAACACCACAGGAUGCACGCCAACUUCUUCCAUCUGUACUCAACCUAUUAAAGUAUAUGCCUCGCAGAAAAACUGGUGAAGAAAUGAACUUUACAUAUGUUGAAUGUCUACUUUAUACAUUUCAUCAUCUUGCUCAUAAGACACCUAAUUCAACAAAUAGUCUUUGUGGCUAUAAGAUAGUGACUGGCCAGCCAUCAGACAGGCUUGGUGAGGAUUUUUCAGAUAUUAACAAGGACUUCAUGGAAAGAUUGUCAAACAUUGAGGAUCUGGCAAAAGCUACCAUUAAAAAGCUUACCCAAGGAAUGGCAGAACACAAUAAGGCUGUGGCCUCUGCCAAGACUGAGGAGGCAAAAGCUGCUAUUAAAUUAAAGAAACAAAACACGACAGUGGGUUUGAGAACAUGCAAUAACAUAUUGGCAAUGACACAGCCAUUGCAUUCAAAAGCACCAACUUUCAUUGGGGACAAGAAAAUCAAUCUCUCCUGGAAAGAAGCAGUGAAAGCUCAGCCAGCAGCACCAGCUGGUGGUGGGGUAUCAGGAGGUGCAGGGAUUAAGCGAAGUGCCACAGCUAUUGCGACUAAUGGUGCAACAGGGAAAAAGGGCCGUGGCGGUGGUGGUGCUCCAAACCAGCUUGUCAAUGUUGCAUUGGCAGGUAUUUCUCGCGGUGGAAGAGGAGGGAGGGGAGGAGGAUAUUGGGGUGGUCGUGGCAGGGGGAGGGGGUUCCGUUGAACAUUCCGCAGUUGUCUUCAAAACGUAGUAGUAAUUGUAGUUCGGCUCUUUGUAUUGGUGGGGCGCUUCCAUAUUGAAGUACAGGGACGACUUUGGAGAUGAUGAGAGCAUUGGUUAGGGCAACUUCUCUUUUGGUAGAUCCUAAAAAUAGAGCAGCGUUGAAGUUUUUGCGUUGAUGUACCAUAUCUCUGUGUCUGAUCAUAUAAUUUCCGUUGUUUUUUUUUCGUUUUUUAGUUUCUAGCCUGUUAGCCUGCUGGGAUUAUGCUCAGGAAGAUGUCGCAUGGUUUGAGUUUCCACUAGAUCAUUUUACAUAAAAAUUGUCGCACCUGAUAUCUUUACACAAAAGAUUUAAGUUGGUUCUUAA